AUUCUUCUGUAGAAGAGAAACUAUCAACGUCGAUGGUGUUUAAAAUAUUUAGCCCUGAUUCUGGAUCAGUUGCAGCUGACUGUUCUCUUGGUCCUUCUCCUGCUAUUGGCUGCCGCCGUUACCGACGCUGACUGGAGAUCAGCUGCCUGCCCAAUGAGAGCGCUUUGACGGGAGCACAACCAGCCUGGUCUGACCGCGAGACUGAAAAUGUAGGAAGGACACGCUGACUGCUGAGCAGCCAUGGAGCUGUCUCACCUUCGUCUUCUCAUCUUCCUCAUCACUUUGUUGCCCCGCGCCUCGCUGUCGGAGAACCUCAGCCGCCCUGAUGCGGCUGCUGCGGGUCCGGACCUGCGGGACCGGCCCUUCGUCGUCGUGUGGAACAUGCCCACAGCUAACUGUCAGAAGCGCCACAACGUCCAGCUGGACCUGCAGGACUUUGGGAUCGUGGAGAAUCAAAAGCAGCGUUUCCAAGGACAGAAUGUGACCAUCUUCUAUCGGGACCGCCUGGGGAACUACCCCUACAUCUCCCACGACGGCAGGGAGGUGAACGGAGGAAUCCCGCAGCUUGGCGACCUGGCCUCCCACCUCUCCCUCGUAGACGUGCAGCUGGACAUCCUGCUGCGCCCCAGCUUCUCCGGAGUCGGAGUCAUCGACUGGGAAGAGUGGCUGCCGCUGUGGGAGAACAACUUCGGAUCCAAGAUGGAGUACCGCAGGUUGUCCAAGCAGCUGGUGAGACAGAAGAGACUGGAUUUGUCCGAGAAGGACGUGAAGCUGUUGGCUCAGCAGGAGUUUGAGGAGAGCGCUCGGAUGUUUAUGGAGGAGACGCUGAGGCUGGCGGUCAGGCGCCGGCCCAGAGGAUUCUGGGGCUUUUAUGGUUUCCCCUCCUGCUUUAAUAAGCACAAGAGAAAGAGAGAUAAAACCUACACAGGACAUUGCCACACGGGGACUAAGCAGAAGAAUGACCGGCUGUCCUGGCUGUGGGCUCAGUCCACAGCUCUCUAUCCCAGCAUCUAUCUGCCACAGCGGCUGGCAGGGUCCACAGAUGCUGCUCUGAUGAUCCGACACAGACUGCUGGAGGCUUUGAGAGUGGCGUCAAUGUGGCGUCAUGGCAACAGUAAUAACCAGGCCACACCCGUCCUUCCGUACGCUCGACUGGCGUUCACACAUACUCUCGACUUUCUCAAUGAGACGGACUUGGAGCACACGCUUGGGGAGAGCGCGUCGCUCGGCGCAGCUGGAGUCGUGCUGUGGGGAGAGAUGAAGUUCGCCAAAUCAAAACAACAGUGCAUCCUCCUCAGAGGCUACAUCCACACCGUCCUGGGCCCCUUCAUUCAGACCCUGAGGGCCGACGCGUUGCGAUGCAGCCUCCAGCUCUGCUUUGGUCAUGGCCGCUGCGCUAGGCGACGCCCCAACUCUGGUCGCAGUCUAUCAUCUGCGCCCGUCUCUGUCUCUCACAAUGAUACGGACUCUGCCAGCAGCAAAUACUUUCAGCGGCAUUUCAGGUGUCAGUGCUACUCAGGCUGGAUGGGAACCUGGUGCCGGAGGAAGAUGGUUGGGAGUGGGCAGGACAAGAGUUGAUGAGUGUCCUUCAGUCAGGAAGUUGCAUAGCAGGGUUUUGAACAAUAAAAAACAGCUAUAGAUAACUUUACUAAGUUUAUUUUUUUAAAUGUUGUAAUUUAUAAAGCUAUUUCGACAUGCCGUAGUUCAACUGUUGUCCUAUCUCAAGAACAAGGCAGCAGAUGGUAUAUUAGUUCCUAUAUUUAAACAUUCACACACUGUGACACCCAUCACACCUCGUCAUGACAACUACCUCCCUCACUUAUCGUCUAACAGAUUCUAACAAAUAACACAUAAACGAGAGUAACAAGAUCAGACUAAUCAUUAAAAGCUGAGUAGCUAACUUAAAAUGAUUAACAAUGAACAGAAAUUGUACCCAUAAUCCCUACUGUGGUUGCCACGUGACAGGCAAUAUUGUAGCCACAGGCAAUACUGGUGUGGCUACAAUAUUUGAAAUAUUGUAGCCACACCAGAAGGCUACAAUAUUGAAAAACUGCUUGAGUUUCUUAUAAAAUGCAGCAUUUUCUUGUUUUCAAAAUCUACUUUUAUUGGUGUUAGCCAACAACGUAAUAUUAGCAUUUUAGCAUAUGCUUGCUAUUUAGCUGAAGAUCACCUAUAAGCUGCUGUUAGUGUAUCAAAUAGUAUUUUAAAAUUAAUGGAUGCAUAUCAGCUUCCCUGC